AUGAAUCUCAUAUCACUUAGUAUUCUUCUCGGGGCCGCCGGUAUUGCCAGCGCUGCCAAAAUCUCCGACCACGAAACAAAUUAUCCCGCUAUUGCUGCCAAUGACCGCUUUCCCUUUGCCUCCCAAAUGGGUCCGUUCGUUUCAGGCGCCUCCGUAAACAAUAUGGGCGAGCUGUUCGCUGUAAAUCAAACCGCCUUCAUGUCGCUCCGCAACGGUGACGUCGACCCCGCCAAACCUCUCGUUCACGCUGCUAUCGAUGGCAGCGUUUCAUUCACCGAUUCGCGCUUCACUAGACACGGCAGUGCAUCACAACAACUCAUCACAGAUGCGGCCGGCCAUUCCGUAUGGUUGAACAUGGGGGCGAGUAAAUUCCAGAAGAGGCAGCCAAAUUGUCGAGGCCGCAAGAGAGGUCUGGAAACCCCACCGCCGCUAGUCAAGAGGGAUACGACACCGCUGUUUGUAGAGGCAGACAUGAUCCAACCAAACAGUAUUGCGCUGCAUAGUGAUGAGAGACAUAUCUAUCUUGCCGGUGGCCUGGGAACUAGUACGACGUCUGCUGGGGUCAGUGGUGAUCUCUGGUGGUAUGAUGCUCAAACAGAGAUUCUACAGAAGGUGGAUAUCAACGUUAUGAAGGCCGGGGGAAUUCACAGGGUCAACGCCAUAGAGGUAAGUAAUGAUGAUAAGUAUCUCUACGUUACAGCGGGCGAGACAGAAGGAAACUCCAUCACAGCUACAAAGAUCUUCCGUUUCGUAAUCAAUCCUGAUACGUUCGCGCCUGAAGAACCAACUCUGAUCUUGGAUAUCUAUGCUGCAUUGACGGAACUUGGGAUCGAUGGAAAGCACUAUGGAACCGAGGCGAUGGGCUUGCGGUCUGAUGUGGAUGGAAACAUUUUUGUCGCUCUCAACCGUGGCAAGGCGAUAUUGAAGUGGAAAGUUGAAGACCCCGCAGCAACAGCUGAGUUGAUGAACUUGGCCAGUGUGGCAUUUCCUGUUAGUUUGGAGCUCGGUGGAGAUGAAGGAAAGACAUUGUAUAUCCUAGGGAGGUGCAGUGGGGGUACGACGAGUUGCGUGGAUGUGUAUAAUCACGAUGUUCCUGGGAGGGCGUGGGCGAAUCUGAAUGGGAAGAACAAGAACGCCAAUACGAUUGUCAACGCAAAUGAGAUUACUCCUCCUUCACAACAUGAGCAGCCACAGCACGAGCAGGAGGGAGUUGUCGGCGACGAUGAACAGAGUAAUUUCGCUGCCAACACAGACGGGUCUUCUACCGCUACAGCUACAACUACAACUACAGCUCACAGCCCUCACAACACUCAUGCUGAUCAGUACAAUCACGAUAUUCUCGACCCGGUUGUCCAGGCGUUUGCGGAGAUCUACGAUGAGAUGUUUGGUUCUGGUUAA